CUCGGGGACUGAACAGCAAGCCAGGGAGGGGAACUCCAGUUCUGACUCUACUGCGGACAACAGCAUUGCGAUUUAGAAAAGUGGUAACAGAACAUUCACCAGGUAACACAGAUGAAAACUUGUGCAUUAAAGAUGUAUCAGAAGACUAUUGCUAUUUUCUUCAUAAUUUUGAUUAGCACUUUCCAAGGAGAAGGGAAAAGCAGUUCUGAGGAAGAAGAUGGAAGCCUUUUUAAUUAUGCUCUACUGGCUGGAGGAGCAGUGGCAGGCAUGCUAGCUGUUCCCACAUUGUUGGGUGCAGCUGGUUUCACAUCAGCAGGUAUUGCAGCAGGAUCUAUUGGAGCCAAGUUAAUGUCUGCAAGUGCUAUAGCCAACGGAGGAGGAGUUGCAGCAGGGAGUUUGGUUGCAACUCUACAGUCUGCUGGUACUGGACUGGGUUUGGCAGGAAAUGCUGUGGCUGCUGCCUUUGGAAGUGUAACAGCUUAUGUAGUGGGCAAAAAGAAUAGCAAGGAUGAAGACUAAAUAAGACAUUUACUGAAGAAAGUCGAGUAACUUCUAAUGUCAUUUAGCUACAGACAACUUCUACAUUUUACUUUGUAUAUCAAAAUUUUAAUCUGCUUCUGUGCCUGUGCUGAAAUAAUAUAUGUAUACAUACAUAUAAAUAAAUAAAUGACUACUAAACAAAUAGGAUAAAGAAAGUUGAUUAGUUUUCAAAAAGCAAUAGUAAGUUUCUGUGCUUGGUAAAACUGGCUGUGUCAUUAGCAUUAUUUCUAAUGAAGAUGUGUAUUUUUUUCCACAGAAAUUCAUUAGAACUAUUUAUGAUUGGCUAAUAGUACAAGAAAUAAAAUACCUGAAAUUAAUUAA